GUUAGCUUCAUGGCUAGAUACAUGCUGAUCGUCUGAUCUUCUAUUUGGGCAACCAGCUUGUCAGAUUCCUCUUGUUCUUCUGAGUCAUUGUCACCAUCCUAUUUCGGAUCAAGCGCUUUGACGUAAAAGGCGAGAGUGUCAACCGCGUGGUGCAAGCUAUCCAGUCUCGUGCCGGCAAUGGUGCGUUCCAAGUCCAGCAUCGUGCCUGUGGCAGCUGUGUUGGCAUUGGUCGGAUCGGUGCUCUACUUCGGCGGGCAGCCCGGGGCCGGCCCCGACGCGUUCGUGCCGCCCGCGCUGGCCGAGGCGGGCGUUCCCAAGGCGGGUCCAGCGGCCGCCGCCGUGUACGACCCCUCGCUCGACGACGUCUCGGUGCAGUGGUACGGCGACGAGUCGGUCGCGCCCCCGAGGAACUGCGGGUUCUGCAUGGGCUGAGCCGGAGACACCAAGUGCCCUGUCAAGGUGCGCUUGCCGUAGGUGGCGCUCACAUGGCGCGAGCUGAUCCUCCUCCUCCUCCUCCUCCUUCCACUACUCCCUCCAUCCCUAUCGUUCUAAUUCUCCUCCUCCUCCUCCUCACGCCCCCCCCCCCGCCUGCGCUGCAGAUGCCGCAGGCCAGGCCCGGUAGGACUGCCAGCCUCUGGGCGGAGGGAGACCCUGGCCGUACUCGAGACGGCAGCUGGCAGCGCCAGAACGCUGGGCAGCGUGAGCCCCUGGCACUGGAGGCCCGAGUACAUGCACACGGCCAGCGCCUCCCUCCUCAUCCUCUCGCCUGCUCCAACAUUGUGUUGGGAUGCAUGUCCUCGGGCCCCUUCCUGGCGCGCUCGACACCUGGACAAUUCGAGGCUGACUUGGAGUAGCCGCUCACCCUGACGCGCGGAGCGCAAGGCGGAUGACUCGUCGCUGGGCCUGGCCACCGCACGCCCCCGCGUGGGCGGGCGGCCGCGCCGGACGGCUGGGCGCCGUUGAGGGCCCUUGCGCGGCCGCGCGGCUCGUCUGGUUGGGGCGGCCGAAAGGAGGACAAAAGUGGCAAGGCCGGCAAUCAGG